AUGCUCUACUCGUUCUACAUUUACACGCGCAGUGGGUCGUGUUUGUACCAGGAAAAGUGGAAGGUAGCAGGUAGUAAGAGCGUGACGUAUGUGAACCCGGAAGAAGAGAAGCGUUUGCUCUUUGGUCUUCUUUUCUCGCUCAAGGAAUUUGUCGCGAAGGUCGCCCCCACGACUUCCAGUGCGGAUGCUGGAGCAGCGGUAUCUGAAGCAGCGAUUGCACCCAAUGGAAUGCAGAGGUACCAGACGAACACGUACACGUGCCACCAGUACGAGACGCCUAGCGGCCUUCGAUUUGUCAUGAUGACGGACAACCGGGCGGGGGACAUGAGCGCUAUACUCCGGUAUAUCUACGCACAGAUCUACGUGGAGACGGUGGCGAGCAACCCGUUGAGCGAUACCAAGAGUGGUAAGCCGAUCACUAGUCAACUGUUUCGGGCACGCCUGACGCAGUAUCUGGAGAGCCAACCGUUCUUCCGGUAG